UUUCCCCAUUCAAACUUCUCUCUUCAAUAUAUUCUCUGCACAAAACCAACAACAGAAUCAAAGUUCUCUCUCUUUUUGUAUACCAAGAAUUACUAUACAGACACCCUUUUAGUUUCUUGAUUUUCGUCACCACUAUUUAAGUAAAAUAUGAAGAUGAGCAGUAGCAAUUUGGGAAGUUCAAAGAGGAAGCUAAUUUCAAGCAGAGGGCUCGGAGGAGUUAUUAGGCAGCAAAAGGCCAGGCUUUACAUAAUCAAAAGAUGUGUGGUCAUGCUCCUUUGUUGGCAUGAUUGAAUUUUACAUUACUUCAAAUUAAUUUAAUUAAACUCCAGACAACCCUUCAACAAAAUUGGGUUAUAUGGGUUUGUCCAUAGUCUUUUUAUUUUUCUGUUUUCUC